AUGGUCGUUAUUCAUAUCGUUAAGAAUACACAACAGUCGCUACACCCAGGGAAUGUCCAGGACACCAACGAUUCACUGCAACUAGCAACGACAGAGUCUCUGAGGGGUACCACGUGCAGUAAGAGUGUCCUAUGCAAUCAGUCAAUCUCUAAAAGCACUGAGCUUCCAUGCAGCCGGAGAGUCAAAACCAAGUUAGUCCCCAAAUACAACCAGAGUGUCUCUAACACCAGGGAGUCCUCAUGCAGCCAGAGUGUCUCUAACACCAGGGAGUCCCCAUUCAACCAGAGUGUCUCUAUCACCAGGGAGUCCACAUUCGACCAGAGAGUAUCUAACACCAGGGAGUCCCCAUGCAACCAGAGCGUCUCCAACGCCAGGGACUCCCCAUGCAACCAGAGCGUCUCCAACACCAGGGAGUCCCCAUGCAACCAGAGAGACUCUAACACCAGGGAGUCCCCAUGCAACAAGAGUGUCUCUAUCACCAGGGAGUCCCCAUGCUACCAGAGUGUCUCUAACACCAGGGAGUCCACAUUCGACCAGAGAGUAUCUUACACCAGGGAGUCCCCAUGCAACCGGAGCGUCUUCAACACCAGGAAGUCCCCAUGCAACAAGAGUGUCUCUUUCACCAGGGAGUACUCAUGCUACCAGAGAGUCUCUAAAACCAGGGAGUCCCCAUGCUACCAGAGCGUCUCCAACACCAGGGACUCCCCAUGCAACCAGAGUGUCUCUAACACCAGGGAGUCCCCAUUCAACCAGAGUGUCUCUAUCACCAGGGAGUCCACAUUCAACCAGAGAGUAUCUUACACCAGGGAGUCCCCAUGCAGCCAGAGUGUCUCUAUCACCAGGGAGUCCCCAUACAAUCAGAGUGUCUCUAACACCAGGGAGUCCCCAUGCAAUCAGAGUGUCUCUAACACCAGGGAGUCCCCAUGCAACAAGAGUUUCUCUAACACCAGGGACUCCCCAUGCAACAAGAGUGUCUCUAACACCAGGGAGUCCCCAUACAACCAGAGAGUCUCUAUCACCAGGGAGUCCCCAUACAACCAGAGCGUCUCCAACACCAGGGAGUCCCCAUUCAACCAGAGUGUCUCUAUCACCAGGGAGUCCACAUUCGACCAGAGAACUCUAACAUCAGGGAGUCCCCAUGCAACCAGAGUGUCUCUAUCACCAGGGAGUCCCCAUUCAACCAGAGUGUCUCUAUCACCAGGGAGUCCACAUUCGACCAGUGAGUAUCUAACACCAGGGAGUCCACAUGCAACCAGAGCUUCUCCAACACCAGGGAGUCCACAUGCAACAAGAGUAUCUCUAUCCCCAGGGAGUCCCCAUGCUCCCAGAGAGUCUCUAAAACCAGGGAGUCCCCAUGCUACCCGCGAGUCUCCAACACCAGGGACUCCCCAUACAACCAGAGUGUCUCCAACACCAGGGAGUCCCCAUGCAACAAGAGUGUCUCUGUCACCAGGGAGUCCCCAUGCAACCAGAGCGUCUCUAACACCAGGGAGUCCCCAUGCAACAAGAGUGUCUCUAACACCAGGGAGUCCCCAUGCAACAAGAGUGUCUCUGUCACCAGGGAGUCCCCAUGCAACAAGAGAGUCUCUAACACCAGGGAGUCCCCAUGCAACAAGAGUGUCUCUAACACCAGGGAGUCCCCAUGCAACAAGAGUGUCUCUAACACCAGGGAGUCCCCAUGCAACAAGAGUGUCUCUAACACCAGGGAGUCCCCAUACAACAAGAGUGUCUCUAACACCAGGGAGUCCCCAUGCAACAAGAGUGUCUCUAACACCAGGGAGUCCCCAUGCAACAAGAGUGUCUCUAACACCAGGGAGUCCCCAUGCAACAAGAGUGUCUCUAACACCAGGGAGUCCCCAUGCAACAAGAGUGUCUCUAACACCAGGGAGUCCCCAUACAAUCAGAGUGUCUCUAACACCAGGGAGUCCCAAUACAAUCAGAGUGUCUCUAACACCGGGGUGUCCCCAUACAACAAGAGUGUCUCUAACACCAGGGAGUCCCCAUACAAUCAGAGUGUCUCUAACACCAGGGAGUCCCCAUACAAUCAGAGUGUCUCUAACACCAGGGAGUCCCCAUACAACCAGAGUGUCUCUAACACCAGGGAGUCCCCAUACAACCAGAGUGUCUCUAUCACCAGGGAGUCCACAUGCAACCAGAGAGUAUCUAACACCAGGGAGUCCCCAUGCAACCGGAGCGUCUUCAACACCAGGAAGUCCCCAUGCAACAAGAGUGUCUCUAUCACCAGGGAGUACUCAUGCUACCAGAGAGUCUCUAAAACCAGGGAGUCCCCAUGCUACCAGAGCGUCUCCAACACCAGGGACUCCCCAUGCAACCAGAGUGUCUCUAACACCAGGGAGUCCCCAUUCAACCAGAGCGUCUCCAACACCAGGGAGUCCCCAUGCAACCAGAGUGUCUCUAUCACCAGGGAGUCCACAUUCGACCAGAGAGUAUCUUACACCAGGGAGUCCCCAUGCAACCAGAGCGUCUCCAACACCAGGGAGUCCCCAUGCUACCAGAUAGACUCUAAC